AUGAAAUAAUAUGAUAAUGAAAUCAGUGAUAAUGAUGUGCCAUGCUUAGGUUUUGGUUUAGCAAAGUGCAGUAAUCUUACAGAUUUGACACUUGAUCUUAGCUACAAUAAAAUCUAUGCAAUUGGUGCAUUAGGCUUAUGUUCUGAUUUAGUAAAUUGCACUAAUCUCUCUAAUUUGAAUCUUAAUCUAAACUUCAAUUAAAUUGGUGCAACUGGGGUAUCAGGAUUAGGUACUGAUUUAGCAAAGUGCACUAAUCUCUCAACUUUGAAACUUUAGCUUUGUUAAAAUAAAAUUGGUGAUGUAGGUGUAUCAGGCUUAGGUUUUGCUUUAGCAAAAUGCACUAAUCUCUCAAAUUUAGCACUUGAUUUUUAUCACAAUUAAAUUGGUGACUAAGGUGAUCAGGCUUAGGUUCUGGUUUAGCAAAUUGCACUAAACUAUAAAAUUUGA